AUGAAUGGCAAGACCGCAGUUACCGCGCCCACAGGUAUCGCAGCUUUUCAUAUCAAUGGUUUGACUAUUCAUAGGUACUUUCAACUUCCAAUAGAGCAUGGUGAUACACCUAAAUACAAACAGUUGUCAGAUAACGUUCUGAAACUCAUGCGUGAAGAAAUGCGUGAUGUUGAGUUGAUUAUCAUUGAUGAAAUAUCAAUGGUGUCUAAUAUCACAUUUAUGUAUAUUAACCAACGAUUGAUGGAAAUCUUUAGCACAUUUGACGAAACCGAUGGAUGGUUUGGCAAAAAACAUAUACUUGUGUUUGGUGAUUUAUUACAACUUCCACCAGUUUUACAAGAUCCGACGUAUAUACAGCUAUCAUCAAAAGAAAUUGAAAAGAGAUUAGGAUCAAUGAUAAGUGUGAAUCUCUGGUUGGAUUUAUUCAGUUAUGACGAACUGACUAUUAACAUGCGUCAGAAAAAAGACCGUGUUUAUGGAGAAUUACUUUCCCGCCUGAGAGUUGGUGAUAUAUCUGGAGAAGAUAGCAAAUUAUUACAGUCACGUAAACACAAUAUUCAAUCAUCAAAUCUUGCAGAACGCCUACGUUUUUUAGCAGAAUACAUCAAAUCAUUACCCGUUGAUACAAUUCAGUUGAUUGUCGCAAUGCGUUUGCGUAAUAAGGCUGUGAAGAUUCUCGAGAAAGCUGAACAAGAUGAUCGUUCAUCUGCAGGACUAGCGAAAUGCAUAACUAUUAAAAUAGGCGCAAAAGGUAUGAUUAGACGAAACAUUGAUGUCACCAUCGGUUUAGUCAAUGGGACUAUUGCGGUUGUACAAUCAAUUUCAAAAUCAAUAAUGAAAGGAAAAGAAUAUCCAAAAGCAGUAACCGUAAAAUUAGAUUCGGGACAAACCCAUGACAUAGAAAGGAUGGAGGUCAAAUUUGAAAUUAUGGAUGGUGUAUACAUAACAAGAAAGCAAUUUCCAAUUAGCCUGACUUAUGGUAUUACAAUACACAAAAGUCAAGGUUUAAGGUUACCAAAUGCUGUUAUGAAUAUUGGCCACACUGUAUUCUCCGCUGAACAAAGCUAUGUUGCUUUAUCCAGGGUCACAACACUGGAAGGUGUUCAUUUAAUAAAUUUUGAUCCAUUCUCCAUUAAAGCUUCGUGUAUAGCAAUACAAGAGUAUAAUAGACUAAGGAAAGAAUAUAGACCUGACUUACCACAAAUAUCGGUAUCUGUUAAAUACUUUCCGAAAGUGUGGCAUUUUCAAUGGGCAUUUGAAACAGGAGUAAUCGGUGAUAUAGAAAUAGAAAACAAGAAAAUCACUAUCAAAUCGUCAGUUAUCGGUUUAAGCAAUGCCAAUGGAGCUUCCAGUUUUGCCAAUACAGUAAUUCAAUGCAUCUUCCAUUCUUCUGUGAUGCGCUGCGGACUUUCACGAAUAAAGAACUGUGGAUUUUUAGGAAUGCGAACAUUUUUACAACAGUACAAUAGUGGUUUACAAGUUCUGGAUGCAACAAAGUUGAUAUAA